AUGCGUUAUUCUGAUAAUUUUCUAGGAAAGAAAUGUGAGGCAGAUAUUGACGACUGUAUUGGUUCACCAUGUGAUAAUGGUGGCACGUGUAUCGAUGAGACUAACGGAUUCUCGUGCAGUUGUGCCAACGGAUUUGAAGGUCCUAUGUGUGAAGUUAAUAUAAACGAAUGCGAGUCAGCGCCAUGUUUAAAUGGCGGCACAUGUAACGAUAUGGUGGCCGGAUAUGAGUGUAAAUGCCCGGAUGGAAUCAGGGGAGAGCAAUGUGAGAUUGACGAUGAUGAUUGUGCUAGUGGACCUUGUCAGAAUGACGGGGCAUGUAAGGAUUCGAGCGGCAAGUUUAACUGCGAGUGUAAAGAUGGCUUUACUGGAGAAGCGUGUGACGUAAACAUCGACGAAUGUGCGAGCAAUCCAUGUGCAUCCGGAGCUAAAUGCGAGGAUUUGAUUGGUAGUUAUAAAUGUCACUGUCCAAGCGGAAAAACUGGUGCAGAUUGUUCUACAGUCAUCGAUACAAACUUUCAACUUGAUUUUCCUGUCACUGUCAGCACCAUGGACUACGCACGUGUUGACAUGAAACAAGACUUAACGUCUGCAACCGUCUGCUUUUGGAUGAAAACAGACGACCAACAAAACCAAGGCACACCAUUCUCUUAUGCAAAUGAAGAUGGGGACAACAUGUUCACCCUGACUGACUAUGAUGGGUUUGCAUUUUAUGUGAAUGGUGAAAAAAGAACCACAACGGCAAAAGCAAACACAGGGAACUGGCAUCACGUCUGCGUCAUGUGGGAAUCAAAUCGAGGUCAGUGGAAGCUCUACAUGGACGGAAUUCCAAUGGACAGUGGGAGAAGGCUGUCGAAUGGACAAACGAUCAAAGGUGGCGGACAGUUCAUCAUUGGACAGGACCAAGAUACGCUAGGUGGCGGGUUUUCCAGUCCCGAAGCGUUUAUUGGCCAAAUUACUCAGCUGAACAUGUGGAGUAGAAGUCUGUCUUUAAGAGAUAUUGAAUCACUUCGACUAAAUUGUUCGUCAGGAAUGGGUGACGUCAUAGCCUGGGCGGAUAUAUCCGGGAAAGCAAAAGGCGCCGUCUCUGAUACACCUGUGGAGUUUUGUAAAGCCUGUCCGAAACUAGAUGAUAUCAGCCAUGGCAAUGUUACCUACACCGGUUUGACAGCAGGAUCAGAGGCCUCGUAUAGCUGUAAAAAAGGAUACGACUUAGCUGGUCGCAGGACAAGACUUUGUAUCAUUACUGGAGAAUGGGAGGGUAAUGUGCCAGUAUGUGCAGCCGUACAGUGUGGACAUCCCGGAGGGAUCUUACACGGCUGGACCGAGGGUGAGCGUUUUACAUAUGAUAAUCGGGUCCGUUACAAGUGUGAAAGAGGAUACGAAUUGAUUGGUCCUUCCACAAGAUAUUGCGGGGAAUUUGGCUUCUGGGAAGGCGAUAUUCCCGUUUGCGAACAAAUAAAGUGCAAAAUUCCGGUGCUGUCCGAAAACACACUCGUGACAAAUCCUACAGAAGAUAACAAAUACCCUCCUGACACAGACGUGUUUUUUGAGUGUAAAGAAGGAAAUGAGUUCUUCACUGAACACACAUCUGUCUAUUGCCAAGACGAUGGAACAUUUGAUAUGAGUAUACCGACUUGUGAUCCGCAGAAAUGUGGACCCCCGCCGAAAAUAGAAAAUGGAUUAUUUUCUAAUGAUGCAAAACUAGAAGAGUUUCCCGUUGCCUUUACGGCACAAUAUAAAUGCACGUUCGGAUAUAUGUUUUCGCAAAACAGUCUGAACCCAACAGGUAAAGUUAACUGCCUUGCAACAGGGACAUGGGAAGCCAAUCUUCCGGAAUGCGUGGUUGUGACGUGCCGGGAUCCAAUCGACAUACCACAUGGUCAAUAUCAGAAAAGCGGAAACACAUUCCUAUCGCAGGUACGCUACAGUUGUGAUCAAGGGUAUGACCUUUCACACACGGAUGUCUUGGAGUGUUUCGAACUUGGAGACUGGAGUAUUGCAGCACCUGAAUGCAUUCCUGUGCAAUGCGGACAGCCCGAUGAUAUACUGCACGGACAUUUCGAAGGCGACGUAUUUACAUACAAAAAAACUGUUAGCUAUAAAUGUGAUCUAGGAUAUGUACUUACUAGCGGGGAUGAGCAACGACAAUGUCAGGCAGAUACAUUCUGGAGUGGCACAGCUCCUGCGUGUAAACCGGUGUCAUGUGGCAAACCAGAAAUCAUAGAAAAUGGACAGUGGAAAGGCAGGGACUAUACGUUAAACAGCGUUAUUCGUUAUGUUUGCGAUGCUGGGUACGAAUUAGACGGACCCGAGGAAAGAAUUUGUCGCGAAACUGGGAAGUGGCAAAAUCAAUCGCCGGUUUGCAAUAAAAUAAAAUGUCCUACACCACCUUCAGUUGACAACGGGUUCUACACGGGAAACUCGUUCUUUUUCCAAGAUACUGUUACAUAUUCCUGUGAAAAUGGCUUUACUAUGGAAGGGGAAGCUACGCUUCUGUGCUUAGGAAGUAAACAAUGGUCUCAAGCUCCACCAACAUGUACUCGUAUUGUAUGUUACAGUCCGCCUAGAGUGAAUAACGCGAUUUAUUCCAAUCCACAAGCGCUUGAAACUUUCAAUAUUGGCGACAGGGUGACAUAUCAAUGUAAUGCUGGCUAUGAAUUAUCUAUAAACAGUUUGAACCCUCGUGGAGAAAUCGAAUGCUUAGAGACUGGAUCAUGGGAAGCAAAUUUGCCUGAAUGUUUUGUAGUAAAAUGUCCCCAGCCAUUGCCUAUUCAAUAUGGCAAUGCCGUUGUUUCGAGUGUUAAUCUUGAAUUCGGAAGUUUUGUAAGAUAUAUUUGUAAUGAAGGUUAUGAGCUUCAAGGGGAGGCAAGUUUGACUUGUCAGUCAGAUUCGACCUGGUCUGGGGUGGCACCGACUUGUCAGGCUAUUGAAUGUGUGGCGCCACCAUUCGUCAUAAAUGGCCGGUUGGAUUACAAGGACUUGAAAUUAGGUUCAGUUAUUAGAUACAGGUGUAAUGAAGGACACGAAUUGUCUGGCCUUGAGGUACGUCGCUGCUUAGCAAAUUUAACGUGGGAAGGUGAAGAACCUGUGUGUUCACCGGUUAAUUGUGGGGUACCAGACAGCAUUGAUAACGGCAUAAUUGAAUAUGAGAACACCUUAUUUCAAGCGUCUGUGCAAUACAGCUGUAAUACUGGAUAUAUACUUGGUGGUGACAGAACUCGUUCAUGUACUAAAGAAAAAAGAUGGAGUGGUGAAGUUCCUUCUUGUGAAAUUGUUCAAUGUGACAAACCAUCCCACAUUAUAUCGAAUGGACGUAUGUUAGGGGAAGUGUUUACUUAUGGAUCAGUAAUUUCUUAUGAGUGUGACCCGGGUUACUACAUAGAUGGAUUAUCAAACAACAGAACGUGUCUUGCUUCCGGUGAAUGGAAUAGACCAAUACCCGUAUGCACAGCCGUUGAAUGCCCGAGACUUAAUAUCCGGAAUGGGUUUACGUCAAGUUUUCAAACCGAAUUUGGCACCACAGUUGCAGUCACGUGUCGUUCUGGUUAUAGACUUCAAGGUGCAUCUAAUCGAACGUGCCAACAGGAUGGUUCGUGGAGCGGGGAACAGACUGUCUGUAUAAAGUACGCCUGUCCGAGGCUCGAUACUCCGGUGAAUGGUCAGGUUUUAGUUCGUGGGGGGACGGCUACUUACAUAUGUCUAGAGGGAUACACGAUGACUGGACCGAACGUUCGAGAAUGUCAGAGUGAUGACACAUGGAGUUUAACAGCACCAACAUGUGGCGGUGUACAAUGCCAAGAUAUAACAUCGGGGGGAUUCCAAAAUGGUGUGAUGACCUUCGAUCAACUAACAUACGGUUCUAGUAUAAUAUUUGAAUGUAAUCCGGGAUAUUCCUUGGUUGGAGAGCGCAAGUUAGAUUGUCUCUAUGACGGAUCUUGGAGCGGCGUGAUGCCAUUUUGUGACAAGAAAACGUGCUUUCCACCGUUUGUUCCAGCAAAUUCUCAGCUAGUUGGUACAGAUUUCUCGUUCGGGGCAACAGUAAGUUUCCAGUGCGACGAAGGUUAUAGAAUAACCGGAAAUACAGAGCGACAAUGCCAGGCUGACGGGUCUUGGUCAGGUUCGUCACCAACCUGUCUCUUUAUCAUAUGUCCGAGACCUGAGCCUAAUAGAAACGUUAUUGUAAGUGGCACUGAUUACACCUAUGGUAACCAACUUGACUAUCUAUGUAAUGCCGGCUAUGUUCUCGAUGGACCAAGCACUAGAAUAUGUACGGAAAGUGGCGAAUGGUCCGGAAAAGAACCGGAAUGUUUAAGAAACGAAUGUCCAAGGCCGCCGCCUUUACAAAAUGGGCGUUACUUUGCAUCGAGUUAUUCACAAGGCAGUAAUAUAAUUUACACAUGUAACGAAGGGUACGAGCUCGUUGGCAUAGGUGUUCGUUUGUGUUUAGGGACACAUGAGUGGUCAGGGAGUGAUCCGUACUGUCAGAAAGUUAAAUGUGCUAAUCCACCGCCCAUAGAUAAUGGGUUCUUCAGCGGGAAUGAGUUCUUUUAUGAAGACAUUAUUGAAUAUCAAUGUAACACUGGCUAUGAAAUUGUGGGACAAGCACAACGCAAGUGCCUCUCUAAUGGUCGAUGGGGCGGAGCUGAUGCGACUUGUAUAAAAAUAACAUGUGGUCCCCCACCUAUUAAGCUCAAUGUUGUAUAUGACAUACCAGGCGGGGAAAAAGAAGGGAGUUUCGAAGCCACAGCCUCACUAUCAUGUGAGGAAGGUUAUCGCGGUAUUGGUGUGAGUUCUCAACGGUGCCAAGCUAAUGGCCAAUGGUCUGAAUCUAAUUUUGUCUGUGAAAUUGUCACAUGUCCUGCAUUUCCGGAUGUUCGUAAUGGCAGAGCUAUAGGCAAUGGGUUUCAGUUUGGAAAUGAACUCGAAAUCCAGUGCAACGAAGGAUUUUAUUUAGUCGGAAAAGCAAGACCAAGGUGCGGUCCUAAUGGCGACUGGGAUUAUGAAAGUGAGCCGCCACACUGUGAGAUAUCAGGGUGUCCUGACUUACCGAAAAUAACAAAUGGAUUGACCAGUGAAACAGGGUCAGGAAUUGGAUCAAUUGUGACGUACAGAUGUAAUGACGGCUAUAGACUUCAAGGGCCGGGCCAAAGGACAUGCGAGAAAGAUGGCUCAUGGAGUGGCUCUGAUCCCUAUUGUAGAUUGAUUUUAUGUGCAGUGCCACCGUUUGUUGAGCAUGCAAUUCCUUUUCAUGCCCUAACACAAUAUUUAUUUAAUUCUAAAGCAAGUUACGUUUGUAAAACUGGAUAUGAAUUGUCGACUGGAGACAGUUCAUUAACGUGUUCUGCAUCUGGUACAUGGGAAGGUUUUAUACCGACAUGCUCGUUGGUGCAAUGCGAGGAACCAAUGAAAGUCCCAAACAGCAAAGUUUCUGUUGCGUCGUACAAAUUUAAAGGCGAGGCUCAGUAUUUGUGUGACCUUGGAUACAGGGUAAAAGGUUCAUCAAUAAUAACUUGUGAAAAGAAUGGAAACUGGCUUGAGGCGACACCUGAAUGUGUACCGAUAGACUGCGGUCCGCCACCGUAUGUUCCAAACUCAAUUAAAAUUGAUUCAAAAAAUUACACAUACAAAAGUGUUAUUCAAUACACUUGUGAUGUAGGCUUCACUCUUAUCGGCCAAGGGACGACUUCAUGCCAAGCUACUGGUGUAUGGUCGGGCAAAACUCCCGUCUGUGAGCCAAAAUCAUGCGGGACCCCGCCUCCUAUUGACAACGCUAUUUACAUCGGUAAUUACCAUUUCUAUAAAUCCACCGUAACAUACGAAUGCUUCCCAAAUUUUGAAAUCUCCGGAAAUCCAACGCUGACUUGUUCAUACACAGGGGCAUGGAUAGGCGAUAGACCGGAGUGUCAUGCUGUGACAUGCGGUCCACCACCAGUGUUUCCUCAUUCUUCCACAAGUAUGCCAAUGGGAGCUUAUGUUUAUAGGGAAGUUACGUUCACGUGUAAUGACGGAUUUUACUUAACCGGAAGUGCAACAGCAAGGUGUAUGGCAAAUAAGCAAUGGCAGUAUGACGGAGGCGAGACAGCAUGCUUACGUCGUAAUUGCUACGAUCCCCCACAAAUGCCAAACGGCGGCAGGAAAUUUGUCGGAACUUUGUACGAAUCGACAGCGGAUUAUUUCUGUGACGAAGGUUACACAUUAUCUGGACAGAGUUCGUUAGUUUGUGGCAUCUCAGGGCAUUGGGAAGGAAAGCUUCCUACAUGCGAGUUACUAAAUUGUGGUGCACCACCAUUUGGCAACCACGUGGUAGUCAGUGGAGACAGUUUCACAUAUCAAAGUGCAGUAACAUAUAUGUGCGAGAAAGGGUACGAAGCAAAAUGUCGCUUUGUCUCGGAGUGUACAUCAUCCGGGAGAUGGUCUAACCAGCCGCCACAGUGUGAACAAGCACUUGCAUGUGCAGCUAACACAGGUGUUGAACAUGCUCGUGCCUUAAGUGGUGCGCGGCCAGUGGGCAAAGUAGAGACACUUCAAUGUGUUGAGGGUUAUACUGCGUCAGGGGACGUAACUGUUAUUUGUCAAGAAGAUUCAACAUGGUCCGACCCGGCUGGGUCCUGUACAAGAGUGUUUUGUGGUAAGCCAAGAUUACGUGACUUUGUGAAUGUGGUACGUAUACAGAGUGCGUCAUAUUACUUUGGAGACGAGAUCCACUUCAAAUGCAUGUCCGGAGUGGCCCCGUCCAGGUCACCGCCGCUAAUACGGUGUAUGAGUGACGGCACCUGGGACGGCGAAAUCAAAUGUGGAGUAACAUGUAAGAAACCAUGCCAACACGGUGGUAUUUGUCUGGGUCUGAACCUGUGUAAAUGUCCUUCUGGCUAUACUGGUCAGGUUUGUGAAAGAGCGAUUUGCAUACAUCCUUGUGUUAAUGGUGGUGAAUGUACGUCUCCUAAUACUUGCACGUGUAAACCUGGAUAUGAAGGUACACGUUGUGAGAGAGCUGUGUGUGAUAAACCGUGCCAAAAUGGCGGGAAAUGCAUGCGACCAAACAAAUGCCAUUGCCUUUACAAAUACAGCGGACAGUUCUGUGAAAAAAAGACACUUUAAGAAGAUUUCAUUUUGAAAUUAAUCGAAUCAACUUUAUUGUAUGCAAGACAUAUAUUAAUAUACACGUUUUUCUUACUAUUAAAACUCAAACAAAUGCAUGAAAUGAUUUGAUUUCUUCUCAUAUUAGCUGAUUCUAUACGGAAUUUACCGUAUAUAAAAAUAGUGGUACAAAUUGACGUGUGACAAAGAGAUGAAAUUGUCUGCCUUUUAUAGGAAUACAUUAUCAAGAUUUUUUAAAAAAAAAAUUGAAGAAGUCAGCAUCCUGAACGACUUCUAAAUAAUGUUAGCUUUUAUUAGCUGGUUUAUUCUUUACAUUGUCUUAUACCUGUUUGAAGACGUAUUUAAUUGUAUCUUAAUUUCAUCGUUUUCUAUAUAUAGUCUAUAACCAUUUUUGCGCUGUACUUAUGUUUCGUGACAAAUCUUGUUGUGGUGAACAUGUGAGCAAUCGACACUUCCAAAAUAGGAGAAUAUCCCAACCCAGCCAUAACAACGACCACCAUCACAACAACAACAA